AUGGACCAGGACGACGCCGUCGUUCUAGGCGUAGUUCUCGGCGUCGUGUUGGCGGCGGCGCUGUGCGGAUGGUGGUACAGCAACUGCGCAGACCGUGACAACCGCAGAGAGCGAGAAGGGGAAGGUGGUCACUAUCAAGGCUGGUUAACCGGGAGACCGGAUGGGCCCCCGCGCCAUGUCGUGUUCGAGUCAUCGCCUCCCCCGCCGCCUCUCCCGCCUCAACCGUAUGGCACGCCGCGGCAAGAUCAGCCCGCGCCCGUCUUCCAAGCGACCGUGAGUCAGCCGAGCUACCCGAAAGUGUGA